AUGAGUUCUACACUUGCACAUGAAUCGAGCGUCAGCUCCCCGCUUUCUUACAAGACUGAUAGCAAUGCCUUCACCAAGGAAUAUGCAGAGUCUCUCGAUGCACAGGAUCCUUUGCGCGAAUUCCGAAAGGAAUUUAUUAUUCCCUCUAAAGUUGACUUGAAAAGAAAGACUUUAGCAAUUGACGAUAGCUCCAAUGAUGAGUCUGAUCCCCGGUGUAUAUAUCUCUGUGGAAACUCAUUGGGCGUGCAACCUCGUAAUGCCCGCAAGUAUAUUGACUACUAUCUACGGACAUGGGCUAUUAAGGGCGUAACUGGACAUUUUCUUCCGCACGAGGACCAGUUGCUCCCACCAUUUGUUGACGUCGAUGACGCCGGCGCGAAGCUCAUGGCGCCAAUUGUGGGAGCCCUGGAAAGUGAAGUGGCUGUGAUGGGCACACUGACAGCGAACUUACACUUCUUGAUGGCAAGCUUUUACCGCCCAACCCAGGAGAGGUAUAAAAUUAUCUUGGAAGGGAAGGCGUUCCCGAGUGACCAUUACGCCAUUGAGUCACAGAUUAGACACCACGAUCUUCGCCCAGAGGAUGCUAUGGUUCUUAUCGAGCCGGAGGACCGCUUGAAGCCGGUUCUGCGAACGGAGCAAAUUCUCCGAGUUAUUGAUGAACAUGCCUCAAGCACGGCGCUUGUGCUCCUUUCCGGUAUCCAGUUCUAUACAGGGCAGUACUUCGACAUCGAGAAGAUUACCGCGCAUGCCCAAUCCAAGGGGAUCCUCGUUGGCUGGGACUGUGCGCAUGCAGCCGGCAAUGUCGACCUGCGCUUGCACGACUGGAAUGUAGAUUUUGCUGCGUGGUGUAAUUACAAGUACCUCAACAGUGGUCCAGGCGGGAUGGCAGCUUUGUUUGUGCAUGAGAGACAUGGCCGAGUCGAGAUGGACAAGGUUGGCAGUGAUGAGGAGCCAUUCCGUCCGCGCCUCUCGGGCUGGUGGGGAGGCGACAAGAAGACUCGCUUCCUUAUGAACAACAAUUUCGUUCCGCAGACUGGUGCCGCAGGAUUCCAGCUAUCCAACCCUUCCGUUCUGGAUAUGAAUGCGGUCGUGGCGUCUCUCGAGCUGUUCAAUCGGACCUCGAUGGCCGAGAUUCGUCAAAAGUCCUUGAACGCCACUGGCUACUUGGAACAUCUCCUUUUGAAAUCUCCUGCAGACUUUUCUACUGGGAAACGACCUUUCUCCAUCAUUACGCCUUCGAACCCAGCAGAACGUGGUGCACAACUCAGUCUGCUGUUGGAACCGGGACUUUUGGAUAGCGUCUUGGAGACACUAGAAGAGCACGGGGUGGUGGUCGACGAAAGGAAGCCCGACGUCAUCCGAGUUGCACCGGCACCUUUGUACAACACGUAUACGGAGGUGUGGGAGUUCUGCCAGAUCUUCUUCGAAGCCUGUCAGAAGGCCUUGGAGUCACGAAAAUAA